UGAUUCCUGAACCUCAGAACCUGAUACGGUGAGGUGAGGUGAGGUGAGCAGUUGAGACUUGAGAGAGGCGGAGAGCAGAGAAUCAGAGAGAGGCUGAGGCGGUCCAGCUGGACCAGCCGUCCAGGCGGAGGAGCUUCAAGCUUGCUGCUUUGCUUGAGCCUUGAGCUGUUGUCUGUUGAGCAGAUGAGAACAGACUGAACGGUGGAGAGUGGAGACUAGAGAGAGGCGGAGAGCAGAGACUAGAGAGAAAGCUAGGUGAUAACAAUAAUGCUAUUGUCAAGAAUUUUUGGGAGAACACUGUUUGCAGCGGCUAAAUCAGAAACAACUAAUGCAACAGCUGCAGCUGCUUCUGUAGCAAGGAACCCUCUGCAAGAGUUCUUUGAGGCUGAUAGGAAUAUAGAUGAUGACAAACCUGUUGUCUACGGUCGUAGUUGGAAGGCUUCUGAACUGCGACUGAAGUCUUGGGAUGAUCUUAAUAAGCUAUGGUAUGUCUUGUUAAAGGAGAAAAAUAUGCUGAUGACUCAAAGACAGAUGCUUCAUUCACAGAAUCUACGGUUUCCUAACCCAGAGCGCAUUCCCAAGGGGCAGAAUUUCUUUUUGAUAAGUAGAGGGGCAGAAUUACAAUGUUAAAAUGGAGUGCAAGCUAUAGCUUUGCCAAUAUCAAUAUCAGAUUGCAUCCUAAGUGCCAUAAAUGCGAGAGGUUGGGAACCAUCUGAACACAAAUGUUACCAAUAUUUUAAACAUGCUACUUUAAAUACUUGACGUUCUUUUAAUGUAGAGGGAAGAACUCUUUUUGGAACUUGGCUUUUUAGAGAAUCUCUCAUUUCUUGUUCAUGGUAAAAUUUGACUGCUAAAGUAUUGAGUGCAGCAAAGUGAAAUUGACUCCAUGAUCUAGUUCUACCUCAGCCACUGACUUGUAUUACAUGAAAUAGCUUUGGCAUUGUAGUUAUAUCCGCAUCAUUUUAGUUAUAUCCAUCUAGUUCUUUAAUUGCCAUUUGGAUUGCUUUGCCAAAAUAAGGCGGGUGAAAUUGAUCAAAAUUUUAUCUAGGAGGAAAAGCUAAUGAUAUGUUGAAAAAUGAAAAGUAAAUAGUUUCCUAGCAUUAAACCUAAUCAUGUCUAGAAAUUGCUGCAACAAAUUCUUGGAUUUCCUAAUUGGUUUAGUAUGUUAGAUCAUACCUAGAAACUGGUUAUAUACAUUUUAUAUAAAAAUGGUUAGGGGUCAAUUGGCAUUGUUCUCUUUUUUUCAUUGCUUUCAGCUACUCAUUUAUUCUGAAAUUCAACUUGCAUUUCACAUUAAGUACUGUAACUAGAAAUACCACAUUGGAUUUGUCUCACUGUGUUUCAAUUGGUAGACUGAGUACAUGAAAAACAAGUUUUGGAAUAUAAUGAUUUAGGCAUUAAAUUUGUUGCAUGUAUUAAUACUUUUCCUCCAUCUUUCUGGAACCACAAUUACUAAUUGGCAUUUCGGUGAUUCUUGUUGUUGAAUGAAAUUAAGGUGAGGAAGUCAAUGUGUCGUAUCAAGCAAGUACUCACUGAAAGAGCGAUUGAGGAACCUGAUGCUAGAAGGUCGGCUGAGAUGAAGAG